GCAUGCCCGCGCGGCUGGCGCAUGCUCGGUGGCGGCGGGGGACGCGGAGCGGAGUCCGGCGCUCGGCAACGUUCGGCGGUUUUCGUGCAGGCCGGGCCGCCAUUUUCUCAUCGCCUCCCCGUACGCGUUGCCUGCGCGGCUGUCUAUCCCGUUUGUCCGCGCUUUGUCCUGCUCGGCGAUGGACGGCGUUGUCACUGAUGUUGCUGUUGGUGUGAAGAGAGGAUCUGACGAACUUCUUUCAGGCAGUGUACUCAAUAGCCCGAACUCUAACAUGAGCAGCAUGGUAGUUACUGCCAAUGGUAAUGACAACAAGAAAUUCAAAGGUGAAGAUAAAAUGGAUGGGGCUCCUUCGCGUGUUCUUCAUAUCAGGAAAUUGCCUGGGGAAGUGACAGAAACAGAAGUUAUUGCUUUAGGUUUACCUUUUGGUAAGGUAACCAACAUCCUCAUGCUGAAAGGGAAAAAUCAGGCAUUUUUGGAACUUGCUACAGAAGAAGCAGCUAUCACUAUGGUUAAUUACUACUCUGCUGUGACACCCCAUCUUCGUAACCAACCUAUUUAUAUCCAGUAUUCCAAUCAUAAAGAACUGAAGACUGACAACACACUUAACCAGCGGGCCCAAGCUGUUCUUCAGGCAGUGACGGCUGUGCAGGCAACAAAUGCUCCCAUUAGUGGGACCACUGUUAGUGAGAGUGCAGUGACUCCAGCUCAGAGUCCAGUACUUAGAAUAAUUAUUGACAAUAUGUACUAUCCUGUAACCCUGGAUGUUCUUCAUCAGAUAUUCUCUAAAUUUGGUGCUGUAUUGAAGAUAAUCACAUUCACAAAGAAUAACCAGUUUCAAGCUUUACUGCAGUAUGGCGAUCCAGUAAACGCACAGCAAGCAAAACUAGCCUUAGAUGGUCAAAAUAUUUAUAAUGCUUGCUGUACCCUACGGAUUGAUUUUUCCAAAUUGGUGAAUUUGAAUGUCAAGUACAACAACGACAAAAGCAGGGACUACACUCGUCCUGAUCUCCCAUCUGGUGAUGGACAGCCAGCGCUGGACCCAGCUAUUGCUGCAGCCUUUGCAAAGGAGACCUCUCUUCUAGGGCUUCCUGUUGCAGCUGUUCCAGGAGCUCUGAGUCCUUUGGCUAUUCCAAAUGCUGCUGCUGCAGCUGCAGCUGCUGCUGCUGGCCGUGUGGGAAUGCCUGGAGUUUCAGCUGGUGGCAAUACAGUGCUCCUGGUUAGCAAUUUAAAUGAAGAGAUGGUUACGCCCCAAAGUCUGUUUACCCUCUUCGGUGUUUAUGGUGAUGUGCAGCGCGUGAAGAUUUUAUACAAUAAGAAAGAUAGUGCUCUUAUACAGAUGGCUGAUGGAAACCAGUCACAGCUGGCCAUGAGCCAUCUUAAUGGACAAAAAAUGUAUGGAAAAAUUAUUCGGGUUACCCUGUCUAAACAUCAGACAGUGCAACUACCUCGAGAGGGACUUGAUGACCAAGGGCUGACUAAAGAUUUUGGUAAUUCACCUCUGCAUCGCUUCAAGAAGCCUGGUUCAAAAAACUUUCAAAAUAUAUUCCCUCCUUCUGCAACACUUCAUCUGUCCAAUAUUCCCCCAUCAGUAGCAGAAGAGGAUCUACGCACAUUGUUUGCCAACACUGGAGGCACUGUGAAAGCAUUUAAAUUUUUUCAAAGAGAUCACAAGAUGGCGCUUCUUCAGAUGUCAACAGUAGAAGAAGCUAUUCAGGCUUUGAUUGAUCUUCACAAUUACAAUCUGGGAGAAAAUCACCAUCUGAGAGUUUCUUUCUCUAAGUCAACUAUUUAAAAAGGCAGUUUGAAAAUGAGGGUGUAUUGCAUUGUUUGGUGUUGUCACCUAUUGACUGUUCAGGAAAGUGGGGACCAGAGUUUGUCUUCAGUUUUUUUUAUUUUUUAUUUUUUCAUGCUGUUAUCAUUCCUUGGUUGUUUUAAAAAAUAAAAAAUAAAAAAACUUUAAAAAGCAGUGAUACUAACUGCUGUUGUUCAACUGUUGUUUAGAUAAACCAUCAUUUUGUUUAAAAGAUUUCAAGUUAAUACCACAAUUUUUCAACUUAGUUGACAUACGUGCCUUAAAAAGGAAAACUAGUACUGCUGGAAUUGCAUAACUAGUAAAAAGCAAAUUUGGUUGUCUGGGGCACAUUGUUACAUGAUAAUUUAAAUAUGUUUAGGCAGGGGUGUGUAAAAAGGUUAAGCUUUUGUUUCUCCUGCUUGGUAGAUAUUUUUUUUUUUAUCUGCUGGCUUGUCACUUAAUUUUCUUUUUAAUUGGAUAAGAUGCAUUACACUGAAAGAGUAAAAUGACACCUGAUUUCUGCUACCAUUUGCUUUGUGCUCCUUUUUUUAAAAAGGCCUUUUGUAUUUCAUCGUUCUGGUCUAGAUUCAGUUAUGAAUGUAGGCAUUAGUUAAAAUUAACAAGGUACAGAAUAUUAAUUUCUUAAAGGACAAAAAGUGACUUCUGUGACUUUGGGCCCUACGUGAAAAGCAUUGUGGAAUCUUAACCUUUUUGUACACACUCUUGUGGGAUGUAUCAUAUAAAUGUCAGCACUAAGUAAUGUCUUGUUUGUGGCUGAAUAUUUUUCGUAGAUGUUUUCGAAGUUGACAUGACUUAUGUGCAUUUCAAUAUAUAUUGCCAUCUUUAGUUUGUAAUUAAGAUAUGGAAUAUGGUUGUGGAUUUCUGAGCAUGUACAGACUGGUCAAGCUAGUUCAGGAAAUGGUGCAUGUAUUUUUCAGUGGUGAAGAAAGUUUGCUGCAAAUGCUUGCAGGCAAUUUUGUGACAGUUUUCUAAAACUGACAACCAGGUGGGACCAAAGUUUAUGUGCCUUUAGUCUUAAUUUACCUUGCAUUGUAAUAUUCAGUUUUAAUAUAUCUCUUCAAAAUAUUUUGUAUUUAGAAAUUGAUCUGACUUUAUUAUAAACAUGGCUCAGAAUCUACAGAUCAGUUAAUUUGAAAGCAGUUCUCUGUCAGUCUGAACUGUUACCUUGAUUCUGUUUAAAUGACCAAUACUUUUUGAAAUUGAUGUACUUAGUUUCAAUAUUCAUAGAUUCUGUUAUCUAUGUAGAAAAAAAUGGUCAUGUAUAUUUUCUAUUAGUUGAGUUUUUACAUCUUUAGAAUUGUAAAAUUCAGUAUAGUUUGAAAGUGGCACAAUUAAAAAUUAAUUUUCUAACAAA